UCGUUAAUGUUAUCUCAUUUUGUUGUGUUUUUGGUGUUAUACAAAGUUGUCGUAAUUAUUUAAAUUGUAGGAUCUAGAAGCAGUAAAAAAUUGAAAUGGCUACAAGACGAUCUGCCCGUGUUAUCAAUCGACUCAAGGAAUCUGAAAUAAUACAAGCAAUUCGAGCAAAUUCAACAGCAGACGAUGCCGAAGCUGAUUUGCAAAGCGAGGAAGAAGAUGCAAAUGAUAUUGCUUCCGACGAUGAAUCUGAUGCAGACUGGGAAGAAGGAUCUGACUACUCCGAUUAUGCUUCAGAAGAAAUUAAUACCAACCCAGAAACAUUUAUUGGUCGCGAUCAAACGAAAUGGAGCUCCGAACCAAUCGACGGUCGACGUGAUCCUCUGAAUACUUCACGCUAUUCACGUUAUCGCUUUAACAAAGUAUUGUUGCCACCGGGGAAACAUUUGGAAAGUGUGUUAGAUUGUUUUGAAUUGAUUUUUGAUGAUAAAAUAAUUGAUAUUAUCGUGUGUCACACAAAUUCCGAAGCAAAAAAACAUGAAAAGGAAUGGAAAGAUAUCGAUCGUGUUGAAUUGAAAGGAUAUAUCGGUCUGUUAAUAGCUGCAGGUGUUGAACGAUCAAGCAAAAGAAACUAUCAAGAGUUCUUUGGACGUAUGCGUGGUUUGCCUAUAUUCAAAGCUACAAUGGCAUUAAAACGUUUCGGCUCAAUUCUUCGUUACAUCAGAUUCGACGAUAAAAAUACACGCAGCAUACGACGUUUGCAGGACAAAUUUGCUCCAAUAAGGGAUGUAUUCAAUCUUAUUGUGCACAAUUUGAAAAAAUAUUAUUCGCCCAGUGAAAACUUAACAGUUGACGAGCAGCUUGUUCCAUUUCGUGGCCGCUGUUCUUUCAAGCAGUAUAUUCCAUCAAAACCUGACAAAUACGGCAUGAAAAUAUUCUGGCUUUGUGACGCAAAAACGGCGUAUCCACUUAACGCAAAUAUGUACUUGGGCAGAGAACGUACUGGUUCCGCUAGACAAACAAACAUCGCACAAACGGUCGUGUCUGAAUUGUGUCAACCGUACUAUCGUACAGGUCGAAAUAUUACUAUGGAUAACUUCUUCACCAGCCACGAAUUAGCUCUGAAUCUUAAAUCAAAUGGACUGACGUGUGUGGGCACAGUACGCAAAAAUAAAACAUUUAUUCCUAGAGAAUUUCUUCCAAACAGACAACGACCAGUAGGUAGCAACUUGUUCGGCUUUCGGCAGUUUGGAACACUUUUAUCGCACGUCCCGAAGCCAAACAAGGCUGUACUGAUUUUGUCGACGUUACAUUUCAACAACGAAACUGAUGCGAAAGGGAAAUCCAUUAUUAAUCUUUUUUAUAAUUCUACAAAAGGAGGCGUAGAUACUCUUGACCAACUAUGUCAUGCAUAUACGGUGCAACGUAAAACAAAUCGGUGGCCUCAUGCAAUUUUCUUCAAUAUGAUAAACGUAGUUGCAGUUGCAGCUUUUGUAAUCCAUCGUAAUGUUUCUGGGAGAACCGAGCAACCAGUCGGUUCCACAAGGAAACGCUUUUUAGUGAAUUUAACCGAUCAACUAGUGUAUCAUCAAAUCAAGAGAAGAAGUAAAAUUGGCCUUCGUUCUCAUAAUCAGCUGAACAUUGAUUUGGUUCUUGGUAAAGAGUCAUCUCUACAAAUCACCAAAACUGGAACAAAGAUCCAGAAAAGCCGAAAACGAUGUGCGUUGUGUCCGCCAUCAAAAGAUCGGAAAGUCAAACAAGCCUGUUUGGAUUGCCACUGCAAUGUUUGCAACGAACAUUCAGUGACUAUAAUGAAGUGUCGAAACUGCGCAAAGUUGCCAACGUUGAACGAAUCAGAUAGCGAAUGA